UGAUUAUAGGCUAUUUGUACGCUUAUUUUUUUCCAAUUAAAUGUAAAUAUGUUCUAAAUGUAAACGUGUUUUAACACCUGUUGUUUUGUCGCUAUAUCCUGUUUUUUUGUUUGAAAUAUUUUAAAAUAUUCGCUAUAGUAAUCGAAGAGAUAUAUAAAGUUAUUAUAAUAUUAUAUGCCAAUAUUAAAUUACAUAAUAUUAAACAAUUAGCCACAUUAUUUUAGAUGUUGCAUUAUCUUGUGCAAUGGAUAACCUGUGCAAUCCAUUUUUUACUAAGUUUUGUUGAUUAUUAUCUUUCCGGGGUGGUUCUCUUCCUUAACCACCAUGUUCCAGGUUGGAGAUUGUAUCUUUUCUCUCCAUUUGUCAUAACUUUCUUCAUUCUUCCUAUGCUACUGGUUGUGUAUCUUUAUCUCAGUGCACUUCUUUUAUUUGUUUACCAUCGAAGACAUUCAAUAAUUGAUGCUUUCCAUCAUCGGGACUUAUGGGAGGGCUAUCGAAGAACUAUGGCUGCUUUCUGGGGUGGACAUGGCUGGAUAUGGCAUGGUUAUGAGGUGGUGGGAAUGCAAAAUAUCCCUGACACGGGGCCAGCCCUGAUUAUUUAUUAUCACGGUGCUUUUCCAAUCGAUAUAUAUUAUCUUGUGGCUCAUAUUUACAUGGAGAAAGGAAGGGUUAUGAGGAACGUUAUGGAUAAUUUUGCAUUUAAAAUACCAGGUUUAGCUUCACUCUUCCGAUUCUGGGGUUCAUUUCCUGGUCCGCGUAGCAAAGUAGUUGACCAUCUUAAUGAAGGAGAAAUCGUAUCCAUUGCCCCAGGUGGUGUAAGAGAAGCUUUAUUCAGUGAAAAUUAUUCCUUGGUCUGGCAAUCAAGGCAAGGGUUUGCCAAAGCAGCAAUUGAUGCAAAAGUGCCAAUCAUACCUGUGUUCACGGAGAACUGUAGACAAGCAUUCGAUUUUAUAGGAACUGGAAAAAAAAUUUUCCGGAUGUUAUAUGAACGCACAAGAUGGCCGCUUAUGCCCAUGUAUGGUGGGUUCCCUGUGAAGAUGCGGACAUAUAUUGGGGCACCGAUACCUUACGACCCCACUCUUACACCUUAUGAACUUGUGUCCAAGGUGCGCAAGGUCUUGGAACAUAUGAUACGAACGCACCAGACACCAAACAAAAGUGUAGUGAUGGCAAUAAUUGAUCGAUUUCGACAGAAGCAGAAUUAUAAUUCAGCCAUGUUUAAUAACCAAAAAAACGCAAAUGAGUCAUCUAAUGCGCUGCAUAAUGGAACGAAGUUAAGUGACUCAAACACACCCACGUUCAUAGAAAACCAUGGAGACAGCUCUCAUAGCACACACUGCUGUAGAAUAGACAAUAAAUCAUUGUAAACUCGCUUGUUUACAUCAGUGGAGGGCAACGAGCUGCAUACACAGGCGGCGACCUGCAUGUAUGUGGUACAUAGACAAAAAGCUGCAUGUAGCUGUAUUUCUUCAUCACGUUCGUACAAUUUCCUCAACACGUCCAGUUUAAUUGAAGCACAAUAACCGUUUUUUUCCAAGAAAGCAUCGUGUAUUUUUACAAACGCGCCAUCGUUGAUCACUGUGAGUCCAUUGUUAUUUAUUUUCGCUAUUUAUUGAAACACAAUCUUUCGAAUGAUACGGUAUUGUUAUUAAAUUUGUGUUUAUGUUUGAAAGUAAUCAGCAGUGACGUGUCACGUGUGGUUAACCACGCGCCUCCUUCCUGUUAUUUGUAUUGAAAGGUACGUAUCUAAUCUGUUACUGCUAAUUACAUAUUAUGUAAACAAGGAAUAUAUAGCAUCGUAGACAUAAAGUGCGCUGGUAAAUUCAUUAC